AUGGUCUCCAAGCCGACUGCCAUCACGACCAACGACAAGGGCGAGGCCACACAAAUGGCAUCCUCCGCUCAGACACCUUUCGCUCAGACGAACACCGAUUACGUCUCCGCUGCAGCUACGUCCAACAACAGCACGGACGAAGAACUCCGCCGGGCCCUUCUCAGCGCGCUCGCCAAUUCUCCAUCCUCGCACGCCUUCGUCAUCGUCGAUGCAAACAUGGUCGGUGUCGAGCCAGGUGCGGUCCUCGCAAGCAUGCCCAGCGCCGAGGACGCUGCGAAGAAGUCGACGAACGCGCUCUCACCCACUUCGCGCUCAUCGCCGACCCAGAUGCAGAUCUGGUCUACAUCGAGCCUUCAAAUUUCCGAACCUCCUACGCAGAAGAUAACGACUUCUUGA